GAGGCUGCUUCACCACCCUCACACCCCGCCGCGUCGCUUGCAUCUCCACCACGUUUCUCGGGCCUCACACGCACGGCCGCCGUCACCUCUCUUCCUCCGCAGCAUGAGCUCCACCUUCGACGCCGCCGGCCCCGAGUGGGCCGACGUCGUGCCCAUCCCGCAGGACGACGGCGCGAACCCCGUGUGCCCGAUCCUCUACUCGCAGCCAUACGCCAGCGGCAUGUCGCUGCUGCGCGCCCUCCUCGCCCGCUCGCCGCCCGAGUACUCGGCGCGCGCGCUGGACCUCACGACGCACCUGCUGCUCAUCAAUCCCUCGUCGUACACCAUCUGGGCCUACCGCGCCCAGAUCCUCGCCAGUGCGCCCGAGGGCCCGCCGCCUGCCGGCCUGGGCCGCAAGGAGGAGCGGCUGAGGAGGGAGUUCGAGUGGCUCGACGGCCUCAGCGAGAAGGUCAGCUUGAAGAACUACCAGAUCUGGCAACAUCGCAAGCAGCUGCUGCACCUCAUUCCCAGCCUCUCGCCGGCGUACACGACGUACCCGAGCGUGCACUCCGAGCUCGACUUCACGAGCAAGAUCCUCGAGAAGGACGCCAAGAACUACCACACGUGGAGCCACCGCAGCUGGCUGCUGUGCGCCGCGGCCGCCGCGUCGGCGUCCGAGGCCGGCACGGCGUCGAGCAGCUCGCAGCCGCCGCAGGACCUCUGGCAGGCCGAGCUGGAGUACACGACGCGCCUCAUCGAGGAGGACGCGCGCAACAACUCGGCGUGGAACAUGCGCUGGACCGCAGUGGUGGGGCGCAAGAAGCGCGAGGACGUCACGGCGGAAGAGAUCGAGAGCGAGGUCGCCUUCACGAAGAAGAGCAUCAGCCGUGUGCCGCACAACGCCUCGGCGUGGAACUACCUGCGCGGACUUGCCUCGCUCUCGAGCGGCACAAAUCCGUGCGCCUCGCACGUCGACUUCGCGCAGGAGAUCGCGGCGCGCCCGCCCACUGCUGCGGGCCACGAGGAGGACGAGCACGGCGAGCUGCCGGCCGUGCCGCCCGAGAAUGCACGGGCGCUCGAGUGGCUCUUUGACGAUGCGUGUGCGCGCCGCAGCAAGGCGGAGAUCGAUGCUCUGCACCGCCGCUUGCUGCUGGCUGAGCCGAUGCGGAGGCGCUACUGGAUGUACCGCAUGCUCACGUCGGCGCCGCAAGCGCAGACGGCCUAGUGCUGGCGUCUGAAUGGGACUUGUUUCACGA